ACUAUGAUCAUAAACAAUAUACUUAAAGAGAAAAGUUAUGAUUCUAUCCCUAAUUUUACUGCUACUGAUUGUCUUAGACUUUUGGGAGUUGGAAGAAAUCAAUAUAUAAGCAUUGUUAAUCAAAGCAAAUCUUCUGCGUAUAAUAUAAUGAAUCUAACAAAGAAAAGGAAGAGAAUUAUUUCGGAUUUUCUUCCUGAUUUUCCUGUAGAUAUAAACAUUACUCACUGGUGGGUUGCAAGAGUUGGUUUUAUUCGCCAGCACGAUAUAAAAGACUGUACCAUGGAGGAACGAGAAAUAAUCGAGAUGUUAGUAGAAAAAAAAAAGAUGAUUGUAGGCCGCUUGGAUAAGCAGCUUAUAAGCAGCCUUUACAAAAAAGGGCUUAUAUAUUUACAAGUCCCCAUUGAUAAUCAUGAUUGCAUUUCUGUGCCACCGCUAGAAAGUUUUGUGAUGAACCGCGUGACGGGUGACACUUUUGAAACUUUACUAUACAAAAUCUUUGUAGCCGUGGACGAGUACACCACCGUUGAGGAAAUCGCCACUGUUUUGCAAAUCCCGUUAAAAGAAGUCAAGAAUGCCGUGUCGCUUUACUGCCGUCUCAAAUUUGCCUCGAAGCUUAACACUCCGCUACUCCCCGAAUAUCACGAGUCCUGGCUCAGCUUAGAACAGAAAACACGAGGCUUUCAAUUACACGAGGCGCAUCAGAAACGUUUAGCCAUUAUUUUCGAUAGCACGCUAACCGCUUUCCUAAUGAUGGGAAACCUCUCACCUAAUCUAAAAACCCACGCCGUCACGAUGUUCGAGGUGGGCAAAUUAAAUAAUGAAAGUAUGGACGCCUUUAUCGAAGAGCUAAGUAAAGUGGAGAAGAACACAGCAGAAGGGGAGGCUCGACGCUACUUUGAACAUGCCAUCACGUUAAAAAACACUCUGGUUACGCUGAGAGAUGACCCUCACUUUAGAAUAAACAAAGAUUACCAAGGAGUAGAUCUCCUCCAUCUCGAGUCGCUUUAUAAUUUAGGUCAUGAAGCACGCACGCGUGUGUUAUGCAAAAAUUAUCACCUUCUUAUAUCCAUGGCCCCUUUAGCACCAGAGGUCAGGGCUUUUCCGUCCUCGGUUCCAACUCACUUUGGUCCUCCGGUCUCGGAGGCCACUUCGCCUUGGUUUAAACUCUGGCUCUACGUCACUGCCGGCGAGGGCCCCCCUUCAUUGCUUCUUCCUCGUGGCCUCCGCGUUAGUCAUCUCCCUGGCUGCUUUUAUCGGUACAGGACAGUUGUAAUCCACACGUGGUUUCAGGCGCCUCUCAUUGUGCCAAGUGCUGCGUGUCUGGUGGCCUUUAACGAGGUGCUGCUUCUCUCCGCAGCGAUGAUACAAGGCUACUCCCAUGCAAAAACGCCGACGUUUCUCCAUAUCCCGUUCCCAUUACCAAAAGAGAAAGAAACGGGGCUAACAUGCGUUAAGGAUUUCAACGAAAUGGCACUAGUCAGCGGAGAUGCGGGCUCUCUGAAAUUUAUACAGAAGUUAAAGGCCGCUGUGGAUCUCGAGCACAACAUUGGAUUUAUUACGCUACUCUACCUGCCCUGUACAGACACUGCUGAAGAAAAAUCUCUUUGUAGCGAAGAUAACGAAGGGGGCAGAAGCUGUAAAAGCAACGCCUCUUUGAACUCAACAAAUAGCGAAACUGAAAUCAGUAACGACAAUUCAGCGUUCGAAGAUGAAGUAGACUUCAACGACUGGUCUUUGUACGAUCUCCAAUUUGGCAUUCCGCUUUUUGAACGCAGCAUUAACCAAACUAUCUUAAAAAAAGUUUCUGAAGAAAAUUUGUUUUCUGCUGAAAAUCUCAAGCGACUGUCGAACUCCAGCAGACAGCUCUCAUUAAGGCUCUUGGACUUCAUUUAUAAAAAAACAAAAAGCAAAGAAGAUCAGUUAACUUUUGAUUCGGAAUUUCCUGUAAGUUGCUGGUAUUUUUCAAAUGGAAAGCUAGAGAUUUGCGAAGAACAAGAGUUUAUGUUCUUAUAAUGUAAAUUUUUAAAAGCAUUAUAA